AUGUCUGGCAGCUGCUGUUCUAGAACAUGCCCCUCCCUGCCUGCCAUCUCCCUCUGCUCCACCGAGGUGAGCUGUGGAGGGCCCAUCUGCCUGCCCAGUUCCUGUCGGAGCCAGACAUGGCAGCUGGUGACUUGUGAGGAUAGCUGCGGGUCAUCCGGCUGUGGUUCGCAAGGCUGCCAGCCUUCUUGUUCUGUGAGCAGCUGCUGCCAACCCUUGUGCUGCGAGGCUACCAUCUGUGAGCCUACCUGCCCUGGGAGCAAUUGUGCCCAGCCUGUGUGCUGUGAGGCCACCAUCUGUGAGCCUUCUUCCUCCUGCCAGCCUGUGUGCUGUGAGACCACUCCUUGCCAGCCAGUGAUCUGCGUGCCCGCAUCCUGCCAACCAGUCAUCUGUGAACCCAGCUGCUGUCCGGCCGUCUGCACUAUGCCUGUGUCUUGCCAAACUAUGGUCUGUGAGCCUGUCGUCUGUGAGCCUGUGGUCUGUGAGCCUGCUUGCUGUCAGCCAGUGUGCCCCACACCUAGCUGUUGCCCAUCUGUCUGCUCUACAUCCAGUAGCUGCCAGCCAGUGUGUUGUGACUCCAGUGCCUGCGAGCCACCUUGCCCAGAAGAGUCCAGUGUGUGCCAACCAGCCACCUGCAUGGCUCUGGUCUGUGAGCCUGUCUGUCUCCGCCCCGUCUGCUGUGUUCAGAGCCCAUGCGGGCCACCAUGCAUCUCCAGCCCUUGCCAAGGUUCUUCAUGCUGUGUUCCCAGCGUCUGCCAACCUGUCUGCUCUGAGCCUGGCCCUUGCCUACCUUCUGUCUGCGUGUCUAGCCCAUGCAAACCUUCCUGCUAUGUAGUCAAACGCUGCAGUUCUGUCUGCUGUGAGCCCGUUUCCUGUCCGUCUACCUCUUGCCAGCCUCUCUGCUGCCGUCCAGGCUCCUCUGCUUCUGCCAUCUGCCAGCCGAGUUGCCCUCCUCGGACUUUCUACAUCCCCAGUUCCUGCAAGCAGCCUUGCAGCCCUGUUUCUUACCGCCCAAUUUGCCGCCCCAUCUGCUCUGGAUCCGUCGCCUACAGGCCGCCCUACGUGACGUCCAUCUCUUACCGUCCGGCCUGCUACCGCUCCUGCUACUCCGUCUUGCGCCGCCCCACCUGCCUCACUUCCUAUUCCUACCGCCCCGUCUGCUCCCGCCAGCCAUGCGCCGAUCCCGACCCCUGUAAGAGUGAUUGCAAAAAGUCCACUCCCGGCCAGCCUGACUGUGCUGACUCAACCCCCUGCAAGCCAGAGGUCUCAGGUGAGAAUCCCUGCCAUCCCUCCGAAGAGGUCAAAUCCACCAGCCCGAGCACCCGUGAGGCCGCAGCCCCACAGUCCGCUGCCAGCAAGCCUGCAGACCGCUGA